AUGGCAGACUUUGACGGUGCCAGCCAGGCCUUCUUGGCAUGGCUACGACGAUCUGGCGUAGAAAUCAGCCCAAAAAUUCAACUAGAAGACUUGCGGAAUGCGCAGGCCGGGAGAGGUGUUGUUGCGACUCAAGACAUUCCCGAACAUGAACUUCUGUUCCGCAUCCCCCGCACUGCCAUUCUCAGUGUCGAAAACUCCAUCCUCUCCACCGAGAUCCCCGCAGCCACCUUCGAAAUGCUUGGCCCAUGGCUUUCGCUCAUUCUCGUCAUGCUAUACGAGUACAUUAAUGGCGACGCUUCGAAUUGGGCGCCGUAUUUCUCCGUCCUGCCAACUGAAUUCAAUACCCUCAUGUUCUGGUCUGAGGAUGAGCUUGCGGAACUACAAGCCAGCGCAGUGCUGAACAAGAUUGGAAAAGAGGGAGCGAAUGAGGCCUUUAUGGAGCAGCUAUUGCCAAUAAUCAAGGAAUUCGCCGACAUUUUCUUUGCUGGUGAUGAGCGGGCAAAGCAAAGGGCAGAAGAGAUGAGGGAUGAGCGCAACGUUUUGCUUAUGCACAAAAUGGGCUCCUUGAUCAUGGCAUAUGCAUUCGAUGUUGAACCGGCCACUUCGCGCAAAGACGUCGAUGAGGAAGGAUUUGCCGAAGAGGAGGAAGACGAGGCACUCCCCAAGGGCAUGAUUCCCUUGGCGGACAUGCUCAAUGCCGACGCUGAUUGCAACAACGCGCGCCUAUUCUAUGAAGAAAAAUACCUGGAAAUGAAGGCCUUGAAACCCAUCCGAGCCGGCGAGGAGGUCUUCAACGACUAUGGACCGCUUCCACGAUCGGACCUAUUACGCCGAUAUGGCUACGUAACAGACAACUAUGCACAGUACGACGUUGUCGAGAUCAACAUGGACCUAGUAACCGAGCUUGCAACUGAUGCUGGCAUUCACUCAAAGGAGAGAUUGGAGUAUCUGGAAGAGCAGGAAAUCGUCGAUACUGGGUAUGACAUCACUGCCAGCAAUCCAUUUACGAUACAAGAGAGUCUGUCCCCAGAGCUUGUAAUUCUAGUCGAAACCUUGCUUCUGCCAGCGGAAGAAUUUGAGCGCUUGAAGACAAAAAGUAAGCUACCGAAGCCUGAGAAGAUCACCAGCAGGGGUGCAGGGUUCUUGCACGAACUUGUGCAAGCUCGAAUUGCGCAAUAUGCCACCACACUCGAGGAAGAUGCUCAGUCGAUAAAGGAGGCACCGCUUAUAAGAGACGCAAAACCGAAAGAGCGACGUUUCGCCAUGGCCAGAGCUGUUCGCGUCGGGGAGAAGCAGCUGCUCAAGCAAACUCAAGAUGCGUUAGCCGAGCUAAUGACAAGAGGAAGCUUGUCAAAAAGGCAUCGCACAGUCGACGAAGAAGGCGACGUAGAGAUGGGCGGAGUGGGAAAGAAAGCGCGGGCUUGA